GGAAAGGGGUGGAUUAGGUGCUCAAGCAAGAAGUGUGAUAAGUUAUUGAAACAGAUACACGAAGUUGUAUUAUCAUUGCAUCAGAAUGGAAUUGUGGAUUGAAGAACAUGCAUGGGAUUGAUUUAUGUGCAAUGGGAUUGUUGUACUACUUAACUCGCCUGUGGAUUGUACUGUAUAUCGGGGGCUUCUCUUCUUCCCGUCUCCCUAUCCCGGACUGGAUUGAUUGAGUAAGCGACAGCUCAGAUCCCGGAGAGGUUUUGUUGAAUUAUUUUACCGUUAUUUUAGAGUCAUGAAUCUUUGGCUAUGUCUGGGGAUGUUGCGGUUUUAUAGAUAGACUAUGAAUUCAACAGGAUGGGAGCGAAUAAUGGCAAACAGUAUGGUAGUGACGGCAAAGGCAGUUCAAGCAUCUCAUCCGACGUGAGUUCAAGUACAGAUCACACACCCACCAAAGCCCGAAAGAAUGCAGCUACCAGUGAAGACUCCGACUUGAGCAUGCGGACCCUGAGCACGCCCAGCCCUGCACUGAUAUGUCUGCCAAGCUCACAGGCCUUCAUAAAUGGGAAAGCCUCCUCUACUUCCUCAUCCUCCGUCACAGGGGAGACGGUCGCCAUGGUCCACGCUCCGCCCAUCACAUGCCUGCCCCGCCCCCAUGUCAGGCCAGCCGCUAGGAUGCAGAAGGAACAGGCCCCAAUUGAUAUUCUUCCAGAUCAAGCUUUCCUCCAGAUCUUCUCCCAUCUGCCCACCAAUCAGCUCUGCCGUUGCGCUCGGGUGUGUUGCCGCUGGUACAACCUGACAUGGGACCCCAGGCUGUGGAGGACUAUUCGCUUGACAGGGGACAUGAUCCAUGUGGACCGGGCCCUGAGGGUGCUAACUCGAAGACUGUGCCAAGACACACCAAACGUGUGCCUUAUGUUGGAGACUGUUAUUGUUAGUGGCUGCCGGCGGCUCACUGACAGGGGACUCCACACCAUUGCACAGUGCUGUCCUGAACUGAGGAGGCUGGAGGUGUCGGGAUGUCAUAACAUAUCCAAUGAGGCAGUCUUUAAUAUUGUUUCGCGAUGCCCUAACUUGGAGUAUCUGGAUGUUUCAGGCUGCUACAAUGUGACCUGCAUUAGCCUGACACGGGAAGCCUCAGUCAAGCUGUCCACGCUGUACGGCAAGCAGAUUUCAAUCCGCUACCUGGACAUGACAGACUGCUUUGCUCUGGAGGACGAGGGGCUGCACACCAUCGCGGCACACUGCACUCAACUCACCCACCUCUACCUGCGUCGCUGUGUGCGCAUCACUGACGAGGGGCUGCGCUACUUGGUCAUCUAUUGCACCUCUGUGAAGGAACUGAGUGUCAGCGACUGCCGCUUCGUCAGUGACUUCGGCUUGCGAGAAAUUGCCAAGCUGGAGUCACGCCUGAGAUACCUCAGCAUUGCCCACUGUGGACGUAUAACCGACGUGGGCAUCCGCUACGUUGCCAAGUAUUGCAGCAAGCUGCGUUACCUCAAUGCCCGGGGCUGUGAGGGCAUCACGGACCACGGCCUGGAGUAUCUCGCCAAAAACUGUGCCAAGCUAAAGUCCUUGGACAUUGGCAAGUGCCCUCUGGUAUCUGACGCCGGCCUGGAGUUCCUGGCUUUGAAUUGCUUCAACCUCAAACGGCUGAGCCUCAAGUCAUGCGAGAGCAUCACAGGCCAGGGCCUGCAGAUUGUGGCGGCCAACUGUUUUGACCUGCAGAUGAUGAACGUGCAGGAUUGUGACAUCUCGGUGGAGGCUCUUCGGUUUGUCAAGCGCCAUUGUAAACGGUGUGUAAUAGAGCACACCAACCCGGCCUUCUUCUAAAAAUAGGUGUAACCCUUUCAUCCUUAGAGAGGCUCCUCCAUAGAAAUGACAGCUGUCUGUGGCAAUGAGUCGCCAGGGUCCACCUAUUUGGAUUUGUAACUAAAGGUUUGGGUUCAAAAGCUGGGGACUAUUGUUCAUCAAGAAGGAGAAUCUUUUUAUAUAGCAUUUUCAUUAGGCCUGGUAUUUUUUUUUUUUUUUUUUUUUAAUAUUUCCAACAUGAAGGGUUGCACUUUGUAAUACAAAAAAAAGGUAAACAUAGUUUCAGAAUUAUUCACAAUGAGGUUUACAUGAAGGCAUUGCCAUUAAUAGAACUAUGUGGCCCUGCAAGGAGUACUUAAUUAAGUUAAGGCCUUUUGGUAUGAAUUCCAUAUUACGAUGAGGAAAACAUAAGAGACCUGAAAUGAUUUAUUAGAGUACAAUAAUUCUAAAAACAAGCCUCUAAUGCAUGAGUUGUCAUUAAUGCUUUAAAAAUAUAUAUUCCCAAGGGUGGUCACUGAAACCGCUCAGGUUAAAGAGUAUCAAAUUGUAUAAGGUGGUCCUAUAGCAUUUGUGCAAUAAUGACUUUCUAGUUUAGACUUAAAACCUGUUUUUUAUAAAAAAAAAAUUUAAAAAAACUUCAGAAAACUGCUAGGCCUAGACUUAUUGAGAGGCUCCUCUCUUCUCAGCAGGGUCUAUUUCAAUUAGAUAAACAGCAGCUAAUCUUAACACUGCCUCUAAUGGGGACAUUGUUUCAGUAUAAUUAAAUAUUUUCUGCGAUGUUAAUAAAGGGGGUGUAUAGAUAAAAUACUAUCGUGUAAAAACAGUUUGCUGUUGUGGUACACCUGGCUGUAAACCAACCAGAAGUGUGCACUGGGUCUGCAGCACAUGUCACAUAGUGUGAAAACUUCAGCACUGAGAAACAAGGUGGAUUAACAGUUUAUACUUGCAGAGGCGAUAUUUAGGUAUGCUGUCCGUGUGUGUCUAUCAGUGGAGCAGUCCAUCACAGUGCCGCAGGAGCCCCCCCGCUACCCCUCCGUUCAUGUGUGUCCAGGCCUUUAAAGUGCUGUGAUAUUUAGAUCUGAUGCUGUGUAGAUCAGUAAAAUAGACGCCUUUGUCUUUACCAGGUAGAUUAACCACAGGGGACACUGGAAUGUGCCUGAAGUUUGCUUCUUUUCCUAAUUCAUUUACCAAAAUAACUCCCCCUGAGCCUGUGGUAUUCCCAGAAGGAUCCCAAGGGAAAAGGCAAUAGUUGUUUACAUUAAAGAGUAAGUAGUGGAGUUCUGAGAAAUAUAGCGUUACACAUCCCACAGGUUGCUACAACUGUUUAACUAACUUACCUGUCAUUAUUCUUUUCAUUGUUAACAUCCUGACAACUUUUUUUUUUCUUUAUCGCUCUUCAUGGAGUGAUUUAGAGGACAGAGCUCAAACACCAGUGCACUAGAGCGGGCAUUUUGAAAAGAGCUUUGAAACAGACUUUAAAGUUAUAAAACAGGUAUUUAAACAGUUGUAGCAACACGUGGGUGUGUAUUACGUUUUAUUUUUUUGGAACCCUGCUACUUACUCUUUAACAGUUUCUACUCAGACCACUGGCUAGAAAGAAAAGCAGCCCAUUAGUAGGGGGUACUUGCUGAAUUUAGGUGCUUACUCUGCUCAUGGCAUUCCUUCAGCUCUUGGAUUGAAAUCCAUUGGGCAUCAAUGAUAACCCAGAGGGCAUUUGUUUUAUGUAAAAUGCAUGUGCUAGUAUCUGUGUGCUUCCUCAUUGUGAAUUAAGCCUGAUUACAGUACUUAUACCGGUUGAUCCCAAUGUAACAUGGUAUAGGGUUCAAUUCACAAAGCUUUAUCUCAGUUUGGUAUUCAUGAAACUGUUCUACAAUGUUGUUAAAUAAGGCAGCAACAGUCUAGAACAGUUUUGUGAAUAAUAAACCUUACUUUGUUAAUAGAAACACAUUAUAUAGUAUAUUGUACCUUGUUUCAUAAGCAUAUUUAAUACUGAGCCAUUUUAAAAUGGUCACCCAACCCUUACUGAGAUUUGGGGGGACUCAAACCACAGUGAUUCUCAUGUAAAGAGGUAGACAUUAUAUAAGUCUAAGUAAUCAUAUUCCCGUCAAUAGGUGGCUCACUAAAUUAAUCAAGACAUUGCCUUACUAAAGGAUUAGGCACUAUGGUAACACAACAGUUUGCAUGAGGUCUCUGUCCAAAGGCAGAUGUAUAUAAAACAAACAAAAAAACGUGUUCAGUAGAUUUGUUGAUUUGUCUGCUUUAUUUAAUCAUAUAUCCAUAUAGCAUAACCAAGGACAGUAUUGGAAUCUGGGAAACUUAACUAUUGGAUAUUAUAUAUCCUUGAAAGGCUGAUUACCCUAAAUUAACUAAAGUACCUUAAAUUAACUAAAGUAUCCUACGCCAUCUCCACCAUAUACCAUGAUUAUCACUAGAUUUCACCCAGAGGAUCACUGUAAAGUGAUCAAAUGUUGGCAACAAAAGUAUUAAUAUUCUGCUUUUUCUUUUUAUAUACCGGUAUAUAUAGUUUAUGGAGGCCUAAAAAAAAACUUUUGACAAUCAUGUUUAUUUAAACAAGCUGUAUAUUUUGUUUUCUCUAUUGAAGAAACCACUAUUCAGUAUUAUUGUACCAGUAUUAGUAAAUCGGGGAAUACAGUUCCAUGAAUUUCAAUUCAAACUAGUUUAAUUUGUUAUUUCUCCAAAUAAUGACAAUAUCUUUGAUAUCCACAAUACAUAUCUUGGUUGUUGUUCACUGAUUCCCUCUAGGGGAGAUAAACCGGGACUGCAUUAAUCUUCAUGUUCUUAAAAUAGAUAACCCAAAAACUAGUUUAGUACCACUCUCCAGCAAAUAUUGCUACUGAUGUGAUACCUAAAGAAUCAUAAUGUAUGAAAGGGGACAAAAUGUGGAACUGGUGAUAUGUGGAGCUGUGCAAAGCAUUCCCUAAAAAAUCGCUAACAGCACUGCACAUGUUUAGUGAAUUUAACCCUAGACUUCCGUCUCGUUUACGACACACGCAACACUUUAGUAUAUCUACCCCAAAGAGUCUUGCUGGUCUCAGAUUAUCCCCUUACCCACAAACCACCACAUUAAAUGUAUACUCUUAGAAUUCAGUUUAAUUGUAAAUGCCACCCGAGUAGGCCUGAGGCACAUUUUUUCCUUUCGUCCUGUGAGUCAGCCCUGCUGCUGCCUGUAUUCUCUAUCUGCUGUGUGGAACAACAGAAGCCUUCAGUCUCCAGUGCUGGCAACCCUGCACUUUUCACAAUCACUUAAUAUAUCAGCGUUUUAAAUUAAAAAAAUAAAUAAAUAAAUUGGCUUUUCAGAUCAUUAGGAAUCGGUCCACAUGCACCAUUUGAAGCAACUGGAAUUUCUUCCAAGAGCAUUACGAUUUAGAAGUCUAAAGUAACCACACAUUCCCUUUUCUUAAUAAUCUCUUUCCUCCCACAUUUUGUGAAAUGACAGCUGCCACGUAUAAGUAGAAGGGUGGCUUUGUAUCACGAUUUGGCUGGCAGACAUGCACACUUUUUCCCUGAAACCCUACUUCACCCUGUUGUACUGUACUGCUAACUGAGAUAUUUGUAUUAAUUCUGUCAUGGGUUCAGUUCAUCAUUUCAAUUGUGCUUUCUGUUUUUUCUUCUCAUUUUCUAUUUUAAAAAACACAUUAAAUGAAGGGGGAAAAAAGUUAUUAGCGUCAUAUUAUUAUCAAUUAUAUAAACCGUGUCCAAAAUAAAUGAUGGGUCUACAUGUGAAACUUGGUAUUGUUGUGAAAUAUUGUCUUAACUAAUGUAUUAUUUUUGUUGUUUUAAUUCAUUUCUGUUUCAUUCAUCACAUCCUGAUGAAUUUUUAAAACUAAUACAUUUAAAGAAUCCUGUCUACAUCUGCUACAUUAGUUCAUUAUUUUUUUUUAUUGUAACCAAUUAGCCUGUUCCCCCAGCAACACUCUGCCUCCAGUAGGUGUAAUAAAAUCAUUCUGGAAAAAAAAAAUAAAAAAAUUGAACACAGAGAUUACAAUCCUUAACCUUACCGAUGUCUUGUGUCAGACCACAGGAUAAGUGUACUUGUAACUGUCAUUUCACUGCCUUGCCAUGUCUGUUGUAUGGGUUUUAAAAAAUAUGAAGCAUAAAUAAUAAAAUACUCCAAAUAUAUUUACCAGACACAAAAAUCUA